GAACCGCGGGUCGCCUGUCAGUUCUCCGAUGCGAUAUAAACUGAAACAUCCACGCAAAUCGAUCGCUAUCGCAAGACUCACACUUUUCUGAAGUGGACGCUGUGGCGCGUAUACACUGGUGGAAUCACGACCUCACGACAUCGAGUUCGUCCUCCAACAUUGACGACAAGACCACCUGAUAGAAGCAUCUUGCCCAACAAUCGAACGCGUGACUCCACGAGCUGAAUUCCGCGAGGUCACACAUCGAGUCUUUCAACAUCGGCAUACCACUCCUCAACCGCAAUCAUGGCAACAGAAGAGCUCAUGGAUGUCGAUAUGGACAUCGUGGUUGAUGCCGACAUUGACAUCAAUAACAACGAUCUGGACGACGAUGAGAUUGCGCGCAUGCAAGCGGAGAUCAAUGAGAUUCACAGCCUGAAGCGACCAGCGCCAGCAGCUGAUGAUACAGAUGCAAUGCUCGGUAUUGAGGCAUUGGCCGAGGAGGGUGAGAUUGACAAGAACGACUUGGUCGCCAACAAGGUCCACGUGCGUGGUGUGAAUGAUCUGACGACGCGCGAUGUGGAAAACUUCGCUGCCGACCUCUUCCCGAGCGACGACUUCUCCAAAAUCGAAUGGAUCGAUGACACUUCCGUCAACCUAGUUUACAACACUGGUGACGCCGCGCGCAAAGCACUCCAAGCAUUCACCGCCGAAGAUGCUGCAGCAGUCGAAGAUCCUUUAGACCUACGCAAAGCCAAGCCACUGGCAACGCAUCCUCACGUCGAGCUUUUUGUGCGAAUGGCGGUAGAAUCAGAUCGGAAGCAACGCGGUGCGGCACGUCAAAGCGAAUUCUAUCGACAGAAUCCACAGAUUGCCAAACGCCGACGCUUCAACGACGCAGAGCGCAACUCGCGCGGUAGAUCGGCUUCUUCAGCAGCACACGUCAAUUAUGAUCGCAACGACUUGUCACGCCGUGGACCACCUCCAGAGGCCGAAUUCUCGGCGGAUCUCUACGACGACAAUCCAGCUGCGACCGCAUCGAAGUCCUCGCGAGAUCUCUUCGCAGACAGGAAGAUAAAUGGCGCGCGGCCGGUGCGUGACCUCUUUGCAGAUCGACCUCCUGCUCAACAAGGUGCUCGAUUCCGCGAUCGAAGCGCAUCACCUAUGCGAGAUGCUGACGGUAAUGGACGCUAUGGAUUCGGUACGAACGACAUUGACAGACAAAAACCACAUGCCGCGUCGCGCCGGCGCUCGCCAGUGCUACGGAGUCGUGGUGUCAGCAGUGGCAGCGACAACUACGGCGUCCGCGAUAGCCUACGCACGGAGUUAUUCUCUGGAAAGAGGAAGCGGCCAGACACUGUUCUCGCAGACGACUACGCAAAUGGUCUAUCUGCAUCUAAUCAACCAGCACGAAGGCCAAAGGAACUCUUCCCGCAACGGGCAUCACCCACUAGAACUGUGUCUUCUGCGGGCGGUGGUAAUGGUAAUAUCGAAUUGUUCCCCGAGCGAAAUUCUCAACAUCGUCGUCAUGACGCUCAAGACCUCCAUCCAGACGAGGUCGCCGAUGCAAUUGGCCGCCCAACAGACCAUCCACCCCGCGCAAGACCUCGCGAACUCUUCCCUUCCUCGACAACGAACAAACCGUCCUCUUCCAACAGAAACGCCGGCGUCGACCUCUUCGCCUCCAAAAACAAAUCCAACAGUACUCGUCCUCUCCGACAACGCGCUUCAUCCUUCGAUAGUAUCGUCGACACUACGUCCCACCACUCCUCUUCCACUUCCCGCCAUCGCAAUGAAAGCAACGGGACCCUCGGCUUCAGUAUCAAAGGCGCCAGCGACGGUCGACUCGGCUAUGACGACGAGGAUAAUUACGGCGGAGGCGAUGAAGGUGGGUAUUCCUUUGUAGGCGCCAGCUCGAGUGGAUCUGGGAGGAGAGGGCCCGCCGCGGCUUCUGGUGGUGGGAAAGGUGCUUCAGGAGGAGCAAAGGGGGGCGAUCUCUUUGGCGAUAGGAGGGGGAUCCGGGGGAAGGCAGGGAGAGCGGCGUAGGCUGGUGAAAGGAUGUAUCUACAACCUCAUCAUCUUCAGAAGACGGUUUGGGGAAGGUACGCCUGAUGGCUCAGGUGAAAAAUGGAAUUUACCAAAUCUCCCUGCUCCGCCAAUUCACAGUUUUCUUGACAUCGUGAUAUCACAUGCAAUCACUUCACUGGAGCCCCCUCCCACUCUUUCAUCCUCGCUGUCGCCUACUUCCCUCUCAGUGUUCAUCAACAGAAUACCUCUAGUAAGCGUGACGGGAACCCUUGACACAGAAACUAUGGCAAGAAAC